AUGGAUUCCUUCAUGCUUCAAGACGACGGCGUGCGUGACCGUAUUCGUCAAGCAGAGGAGUUUCUGGUUCCUAACGAUCCCCAUGCUCGAAGUUAUAGAGCGGACAUCAUCUUGAUGUUACGCAAGAACCAGCGCCGCCUUACUGUCAACAUAGACCACGUCCGAGAUCACAACCCAGAGUUAGCGCAAGAAAUACUUCAGAAGCCCUUCGACUGCACUCUUGCUUUUAACCAUGCCCUCAAGGAGAUCGUGCAAACGCUGCCUCAAGCCCGGCCUGACCAAACGGCGAGGGAUACCGUUUACUACUGCGCGUGGGCUGGAAACUUUGGUCUCAAUGCCUGUAACCCUCGCACGCUGUCAUCUCAGCACUUGAACCAUAUGGUUUCUGUUGAGGGUAUUGUGACGAGAUGCUCUCUCAUCCGGCCCAAGGUCGUACGAAGCGUUCACUACAACGAGACCAAAGACAAAUUCCAUUUUCGAGAAUACCAAGACCAGACUAUGACCAACGGCGUGACCACAUCUAGCGUCUAUCCACAAGAGGACGAUGAAGGAAAUCCCCUUACUACGGAAUAUGGAUUCUGCACAUAUCGUGAUCAUCAGACGAUUUCGAUCCAGGAGAUGCCUGAACGAGCGCCCGCCGGUCAGCUUCCUCGAGGCGUUGACGUUAUUUUGGAUGAUGAUUUGGUUGAUCAGGUAAAGCCUGGUGACCGAAUCCAACUUGUCGGCAUCUUCCGUACCCUGGGAAAUAGAAACGCCAACCACAAUAGCGCGUUAUUCAAGACAGUUGUUCUUGCUAAUAACGUAGUUCUUUUAUCGUCCAAAUCCAGUGGUGGGCUAGCCACUGCGUCGAUUACCGAUACAGACAUCCGAAAUAUCAACAAAGUUGCCAAAAAGAAGGACCUUCUCGGGCUUCUGUCGCAGUCUCUUGCUCCGAGUAUUUACGGCCAUGAUUAUGUUAAAAAGGCCAUUCUGCUCAUGCUUUUGGGAGGAGUAGAGAAGAACCUCGAGAAUGGCACCCAUUUGAGAGGAGAUAUCAACAUCUUAAUGGUUGGCGACCCCUCUACUGCGAAAUCUCAGCUCUUACGAUUUGUCCUGAACACAGCACCACUGGCUAUCGCUACCACAGGUCGCGGUUCUUCUGGAGUUGGUUUGACGGCAGCCGUUACUACUGAUAAGGAGACCGGAGAGCGCAAAUUGGAGGCUGGUGCCAUGGUCAUGGCUGAUAGAGGAGUUGUCUGCAUUGACGAAUUUGACAAAAUGUCAGACAUUGAUCGAGUGGCUAUCCACGAAGUCAUGGAGCAGCAGACAGUUACCAUCGCCAAGGCGGGUAUUCAUACUUCGCUGAACGCUCGAUGCUCUGUCAUCGCAGCUGCCAAUCCCAUCUUUGGGCAGUAUGAUCCUCACAAGGACCCCCACAGGAAUAUUGCACUCCCAGACUCCCUAUUGUCACGUUUCGAUUUGCUCUUUGUCGUCACUGAUGACAUUGACGACGCCAGAGACAGGCAAGUUUCCGAGCAUGUAUUACGCAUGCAUAGGUACCGCCAGGCGGGCAGCGAAGAGGGCGCCCCUGUUCGUGAACAAGUCUCUCAGUCACUGGGCGUCUCUGCCAACACUCAGGCCGGAUCACAACAGUCAACAGAUGUUUAUGAGAAAUAUGACGCGAUGCUGCACUCAGGCGUAACCCGGACAUUGGGCCGAGGGUCCAACAAAAAAAUCGAGAUUCUUAGCAUACCCUUUAUGAAGAAGUAUAUUCAAUAUGCUAAGCGGAUUAAGCCUGUUCUUACCCAGGAAGCAUCGGAUCGAAUUGCCGACAUAUACGUUGGUCUUCGAAAUGACGAGAUGGAGGGAAACCAGAGGCGAACGAGUCCGCUCACCGUCCGUAGUCUGGAGACAAUCAUACGACUGGCCACUGCCCACGCCAAGUCACGACUCUCAAGUCGAGUGGAGGAACGAGAUGCAGUCGCUGCGGAGGGUAUCUUGCGAUUUGCCCUCUUCAAAGAAAUCGUAGAGGAUAACUCGCGGAGAAAGCGCAGGCGGACGCAAGCCACUGGCGUGGUCUCAUCCAGUGAUGACAGCGAUGAGGAUGAUAGCGACGACGGGCACGACGAGCAAAGCCAACAGACCAGCCAGCUGAAUGGAAGCAAUUCCCGAAAUUCCACUGCGCGUAUGCAGACUAGAACUUCUUCGAGGCUUAAUGGCACAAACGGAUCUACAAGCCAAAACUCAAAUGGCUUAUCCCAAGCAUCGGGAGCGACCACGACCCCAGGCAAUAGCUCUCAACCACCUCACGGAAUGGUGGAUACGCAAAGCUCCUUUGCGUCAACAUUGCCUGCGUCGCAGGUCUUGUUCCCGACUCAGGGAGAGGCUGAAGAUGAGAACUUGGCCAGUGCUGCCAGCAACUUGGAGAUUGAAGAAGCCAGUCUCGCCCCUCUGCGACUGUCAACUUUCAGGACCAACCUUGGCCAAUUGCUCAAUACCGACAUUUUCGAGGAUGACUCAGCUCCUCUCGCCGCGGUGAUCGAUGCCAUCAACGAUAGAAUUGGUGACCGCGAAGGAGGUGCCUUUGGCAGACCAGAAGCAAUUUUGGCGCUGAAGAAAUUGGAAGAAGCAAAUCACAUCAUGUUUGGUGAUGGUGAUGUAAUCUACAAGAUUUGAGAUCUACUGAUGAAGAUUUUACCGGUGUUUGGGAUGGAUUUGGGAGCUAAUUGGCCUGGAGGGAACGAAUAUGGUGAUGACAUGUCAGGAAAAUAACAAGGUAAAAAAGCCUAGGUUAAAAGUCUAGAGCAAUCAUGAUUCACAAGUUGAUGAGAAUAAAACAAAAUAAUAAUGGUAUAUGAUCUAUGAUUUAAAGUCUUUCCUCAAACUUGCGCAGUCGGUCUAGUACAUUGCAUCCAUUCCAAGUCUCAGUGCUGUCAUCCUGUCGAUCAAGUGUCGGCAUGCCAACUUGUUCUACGGCAAAACUGGCCGCUACGGAUCCCCAAACAGCGGCUUCUUCGUAGCUCUUCCCCCGAGCCAAGGCCACCGAUAGGCCCCCGAGAAAUGUGUUUCCACCGCCUGUAGGGUCAACAACACUAGUUUUAUCCGUAUGGUAAGCCGGGAUCCAUCGCUCGACUCCAGGAUCGACUUCAAAUUCAGUCUCUUCGCGAGCGAUUGAGCCAUCUUCGUCACAGAUGAGAUCAGCCAACAGGGCCGUCAUGUCGAUAUCGGGUCGUAGGCCACCUCUGGUAUAAUUCUUUUUUCGUGUCGAUUUAGAGCUCUGUCCGGGACGACGUUUCCUACCGCCAUUCUUGACAACAUAGCAGCCCUUGUGAGCGGCUCGCACGACGAUUGCGAAGGAUUGGAGAGGCAUGCUAUCAAGAAGCUGCUCGCAAGCGCGCUCAACAGCUCGAACGGAGAUGUCUCCCGUCACUGGGUCCAGGCCAUCGUCGCCCAUGAAGCCGGCAAGCUCGCUGUGGUUUGGGCUGCAGACAUCUACAAGCGGCAGAGUGUUUGUAAGAUUGAGAAGCUGGUCUGGAUUGCAUAGAUCGGGCACUGGUUCCCACACAAAGAUUGGUUUAGUAUAAGUCUCCGAGGUGGCAGCUUCCUUGCGGCGAGUGAUUAUGGUAGUCACCAGCUCCUGGCAGCGAGUCGGAGAGCAGAUGAGAUGGAACGACUUGGACUGGAGUUGCUCUGGUGACAAAUCGUCGCUCGUGAGGCGCUUCUUGGGGGUCAGGUACUUGAACUCGCGCUUGUCGUCGGUGCCGCCGUAGCCAUUCCAGCCUCGAGUGGUGAGCCGCUCUGGAUCAUGGCGCAUGAGGGCAGACGUCUCCCAGCUGUCGAUCAGCGUGGUGACUGAAGGUGGGAAGUCGGAGCCCUGGUCCACGAUCCAUCCUACCGUGGAGGACAGUGGCGGCGGCGAGAACAGGCGCGCGCCAAGGGCGGCGUAGGAGCCGCCGCCUCCAAGGAUGUCUUUCUGAGGAGGCUUUGGAUCAGGGAAAUCGAUAUCAUCUUGACAAACGAAUCGCAUGGACACGGCGGUCGGUCAGCCCCAAGCUCUAUAGAGGCUAACAGGGCCGUAGCGGGAACGCCUCAC